AUGGUCGACCUCCCACCUGGUUUUCGAUUUUACCCAACAGAAGAAGAGCUUGUUGGCUGCUAUCUGCACAACCAGCUAGAAGGGCAACGACCUGACAUUAGCAGAGUUAUCCCAGUAAUUGACAUCAAUGGCGUAGAGCCAUGGAACCUUCCAACACUUGCAGGGGAGCUAUGUCGUGGAGACACGGAGCAAUGGUUUUUCUUUUCACCCAGACAAGAGAGAGAGGCCAGAGGAGGGAGACCCAACAGAACCACGGCUUGUGGGUAUUGGAAAGCCACGGGUUCUCCUGGUCACGUUUACUCUUCCGACAGCAAAGUCAUUGGAAUCAAGAAAACCAUGGUAUUUUACAAAGGGAAAGCUCCUACUGGUAGGAAAACCAAAUGGAAGAUGCAUGAGUACAAAGCCAUUGAACAUUCUCACCAAUCCAACACAACCCCUCCAAAGUUGAGGCACGAAUUCAGCUUGUGCCGAGUUUAUGUUAUAUCGGGAAGCUUUCGAUCGUUUGAUCGACGGCCACUAGAGAGGGAAAGAGGGGAGUUAAGAAUUGAAGGCGGAAGAGGUGGUGCUUCAACAAGUGCUCAGACGCAGGAAGCACCGCCGGCAGUGGAAGAGGGAUCAAGCUCGUCUGACACUUCCCAUGCUGUAGGAGGAGGUGGGGACCACAGUGCUGUUCAUAUCUCACAAACUGGGGCAUGCUCAAGCGCUACAAAUUGGAAUCAACAUGAUGGGGUUGAAGUACCACUUUGGGAAUGGGAACAACUUAAUUGGAACUAA